UAAUGCUUGUAACGGUCAGAUGGCGGCGCUGCUCACCACUCUUAUUGUUUCCGCCUCCCGUGCGGCGCAAGGGAAGCCAAGCGCCAGCGGAAAAUGGCGGACGGUGUUGAUCAUAUCGACAUCUACGCCGACGUAGAGGAAGAAUUUAGCCAGGAACCCGACUACCCCGUCCACGAACAGAUCGACCUCUACGACGAUGUGAUAUCCCCGUCAGCCAAUAAUGGCGACGCGCCAGAGGACCGCGACUACCUGGACGCGCUGCCUGCGCAGGGGGGCUCUGAUGGAGGCAAGGCCGCCCCUCCCAAUGUGGUGUACACCUACUCCGGGAAGAGAAUCGCCCUGUACAUUGGGAACCUGACAUGGUGGACAACCGAUGAGGAUCUCACAGAAGCAAUCCGCUCAAUUGGGGUCACAGAUGUGUUGGAAAUCAAGUUUUUUGAAAACAGAGCAAAUGGGCAAUCCAAAGGGUUUGCCCUGGUGUGUGUGGGCUCAGAGGGGUCAUCCAGGAAGCUCAUGGAUCUUUUGUCCAAGCGAGAGCUGCACGGUCAGAAUCCCAUUGUGGCGCCGUGCAACAAGCAGUCUCUCAGCCAGUUCGAGAUGCAGUCCCGUAAAAGUAAGCACAGCACACAGUCGGGGCAGAUGUCCGGCGAAGGGAAAGCCGGUCCUCCGGGCGGCGGGCGUGCCGGUUUUCCCAUGGGCAGUCGAGGAAGCCGCGGCAGGUUCCCCGGGCCCCCGAGCGGACCUGGUGGAGACCGCUUCCCGGGCGGCGUUGGCCCUGGCGGACCGCCCCCACACUUCACUGGCUCGGGGAUGAGACCUGAUUUGAUCAGGCACCAAGAUGGCCACCUGGAUAUGAAUUUCAAUCCUGGGAGCUGGCGCGACAGAGGUGGGAUCCAGGGACCCCCACGUCCUCCUCCAGGUCCCCCCGGCCCACCGGGACCACCUCCCGGCCAAGGCCUACCCCCACCCCUUGGUCCUCCAAAUCGCGGCGACAGGCCACCUCCCCCUGUUCUCUUUCCCGGCCAGUUCGGGCAGCUACCUUUAGGGCCCCUGCCGCCCGGCCCCCCUCCGCCGGGUUACGGUCCACCUCCCGGACCCCCGCCCCCCCAGCAAGGCCCCCCUCCCCCAGGACCGUUCCCGCCGCGUCCCCCGGGCCCGAUCGGGCCCCCGUUGGCAUUGGCUCCACCUCCUCACUUAGGUGGUCCCCCACCCGGCGGGCCGCCGCCUGCUCCCCAUGUCAAUCCCGCCUUCUUCCCACCACCUGGUGGCAACAACAUGCCCCCCAACGACAGCAGGGGCCCCCCAGGACCAAAUGACCCAUACGGACGCCCGCCACCUUAUGAACGAGGAGACUAUGGUCCCGGAGGCCGGGACAUGGAGUCAUCACGGACCCCUCUGAGCGAGGCCGAGUUUGAGGAGAUCAUGAACCGGAACCGAGCCAUCUCCUCCAGCGCCAUCUCCAGAGCGGUUUCCGAUGCCAGCGCAGCUGACUACGGCAGCGCCAUUGAGACGUUGGUCACCGCCAUCAGUCUCAUUAAGCAGUCCAAAGUUUCGGCGGAUGACCGCUGCAAGGUGCUCAUAAGCUCACUUCAGGACUGCCUCCACGGAAUUGAGUCCAAAAGUUACGGGUCCACCAGGCGAGAACGUUCCAGAGAGCGCGACCACAGCCGCUCGAGGGAAAAGAGCAGACGCCACAAGUCCCGCAGUCGCGAGCGGCACGAGGACUACUACCGCGAACGGAGCCGUGAGCGGGACCGCCACCGCGAGAGGGACCGCGACCGAGACCGCGAGCGGGAGAGGGAGCGCGAGUAUCGGCACCGCUAGUGGACAAGUGAGCUCGCUACCUAACACCAACGGACGGACGGACACAAGGACGGACGGACUUCGAUCCCACCCACCGCCACCGCCUGCAUGACUGGACACGCGACGCCCCCGCCGCCUCCUCCUCCUCCUCUUCUUCUUCCUCCCCCCGCUCCCCCUCACCAUCCUUCCAUCUCCUCUGCCCAUACUUCUCUCUCAUCUUGUGUGCAGAGUGGAUGGUAGGUGGCGCCCACGGUGCGCAAGGCUUUUCAAACCUCUUAAGUCAUGGUAAUAUGAAUUGCUACCAUUCAACUGGUUUAUUUUUAUGGCGUUUUUAUUUUCCUCUCGUCCCCUCACAAAACAGCGAGAAGGCCGACCUUUCCUCUUGAUAGAAGAUAUUAGCUUUGUCUUGUGGUUUUUCCACACACUAUACUAUAGUUUUUAAAUAGGGUACAUGAUGGCCGACGCAAAAACCCGACCCACCACCACCCCCGCCCGCCCCUCUUUCAUUAUUUCUUUUCGUGCUCUGUGUUUGUGAAUGUCUGCUCUCGAUGAAUUAUAGCAGUGUAAUAAAACAUGUUUACUGAGGUACACUGUCGGAAUCCACUCAUUUAUAUUAAAUGUAUUGUAAAAAAUGUUCGCCAUAUGAAGUAUGGUAAAUAGAGUAGUUAAUGGAUGCCUUUAUUUACAAGGUAAGACUGUGCAAGUUUUGCAACGGCAAAUCUGUUCACUUGCAUCGACAUGGUCAUUUCAAGCAGAAGUCAAAUGCGUCUUUUUAUUUUUAUUUUUAGCUGUCUUGAAUGUUGAUGUGUGUACUUGCACUGAAGAGGCACCACCGUUGGCAGUCUUUUGGAGUUUUGUUUAUCACAACGCGUUACCUCAAGUCCACCCCCGUUCAAUGUAUCGUGUAUAUAUUACGCCAUAGACGAGCUUUAAGGUGUGGAAUCCAAAUGUUUGGUGUUUAAAAAGAAGUUCUGACUGUCCGUCUUCGGUAAAGUGAAAGAGGCAGUCUAACACGUCCCCCUUUGCGAAUGUCCUCUUGGUCUCCCUGUAUUGUUAAAUUGUAAGACUUCCUUUGUUGUCAUUUUUCCAUGUGCCUUUUUUUUUCGGUUUGUCCAAUUCAUUUUUGUUCUUUUAAUUCCAACAUGCAUGUUUUUUUUUUGGGGUAGGUUAAAUGCCCACUAACGUCAUCUUUUAAAUCUUUUCCACUGUGCACAGAAUGUCAUCCCGACACGCUGUAAUCCGGGACCACUGCUGUAGUUUCUCAAAUUGUAACCGAACAUUUUAAAUAUUUGGUACUCUUAAUUUGUACUGUAUUGUCCUGGCAGUGUCUCAUGUUCACAUGUUGAUCGUGUCGUGACUCUGUAAAGAGAGCUCAAUAAGUUCAGCACUUUUGCCCAAGAUGGGGGGGGGGGGGGGAUUGUUCUACACAGUGCACAUCCUCAUUUGUGCUUGAAAGUUCUGCAGUGUAUGUUUAGAUUGUGUGUGCGCAUGCGCAAGGUGGCUUGUUGUGACUUUUUCCCUCCACAGUCCUCAAGGUAAGUGUUUGCAGGUUUACACUACUAGAAGACUGCGGCCAGAAGCAUACAGGUGCAAAUGUCAGGGUCUUUUUUUUUUUUUUUUUUUUGCAACAUCACACUUGAAUCUUAAAAUGGAGAGUUGAUUGUAACAUUUCCAAAGCAAUAAUAUCAGAUGUAUUUUUACUUCAUGCAAAGCAGCAUUUGACUGAUUUGAAUAGUUUAAUAAAAGCUAGAGGAGCACUGUAUUUAAUAUAACAAUGCAUGAACCAUUCUAACUACAGUAUUACAACGAGUGACCUGUAAAGUUGCUAAUCUGGGAGGUUACAGGCUAUUUUAAACAAUAAAACUGGCUAAAUUUUGA